AAUGGAAGGUCGACCAUCCUCAUCAAAACGGAAGCUUUCUUCCAAGAAUAAACCCUCAAAAAUCAACCACAUUUCGUCGUGCAGCCCUAUUUUGCACCACAGUUUCCCAACUUUGCGACGUUUCUUGAUUCAACCAAGGUUUUGUUUGGUGUGUGAUUCACUGGUUUUGGCUUCCACGCUAAAAGGGAACACUCCGAUUGCUGCUUCCUCCACGAUCUCGAUUUUAGUCAUUUGAGGACUUUCAAUACUCGGAUGAGCUAUGGAAUCCGAGCAAGCAAAAGGAACCAUUGAGCACCAGCACGUGGGAAACGCCUCUGAUUCCGAGCAUACGAAAAAAUUUAUUGAGCACGAGCACGUAGGAAACGCCUCUGAACCCGAGCAGGCGAAAGGAACCGUUGAGCACGAGCUCAUAAGAAAUGAAUCUGAAUCCGAGCAGGUGAAAGGAACCAUUGAGCACGAGCACGUUGAAAACACAUCUGAAUCCGAGCAGGAGAAAGGAACCAUUGAGCACGUUAGAAAUGUGUACGAAUCAGAUGAAGAAGACGACCAAAUAGUUGAAGAAGCAAAGGCUCGAUACUCUUCUGCAUCAUCAUCAUCAUCAUCAUCAUCAUCAUCCUCCUCCUCCUCGUCUUCGCGUGCUUCAUUGGAUCUUGAUGUUCCCAUUGUCAAAUCCGAGUCCUAUGGAGACCUGCAGCUCUGCCAAGGAUCCGUUUCCACACCCAAUUGCCCUGCUCAGACACCGGAAUGGAGCAUGUCAAGCGUGUCCCCUAUUGUCGGUCCGGAGGGGCACUUAUCUCCUAUAACAUCCCCUCCGGUCCAAACCAUGGGCCAUCCUUCCGAUUAUGACCCUGCCCGGAUCCCUGCCUCCGUGUUCUCUAGUAAACCAGCGAAUGCCUCAGAUUGGAGCGUGGCCUCAAACGACUCGUUGUUCAGCAUACACGCUGGGAACACCAGCUUUGCCAAGGACCAUUUUAGGUCCGAGGAGCUUGCCAGAUUGGAGGAUGCGAGCAACGGUCAAUCAUCCCUUUACGCCUCAGAAGCCAAGCCUAAUGAAAUAUGCAGUCUCCCUAUCAGCCUUCCUCCCCUCAUGGAGGUGUCAUCGCACGAAGAGGGAAGUGUGAAGUCGAGCACCGUCUCCAGCUUUGAAAAGGAGGAUUCCAUCAUGAAAGGAGGCCGUCUCUCUAACGAGAGUGCCACCUCUUCUGCUUUCCAUGCAUUGGAUAGCGAAGGCGGAAGGGCUAGCUCGUUGGAGAAGGUUGAGGAGAAGCCGGAGACGGAAGCACAACAUACUAAUAGUACCAAUCCGGAAUCCACAAAGGGGAAAUGGUUUUCGUGGUGCCCGUGUUUGUCUCGUUGCUGCUAACGAUCAUGAUGUCCACGGCCGAUAUACAUUCAUAUAUACACCCUUUUGAAGAUUAGCUUAGAAUAGUCCCCAAUGGUUGGUGGUAUCUGUUAUUGGCGUCGCGUGCUCAACCGGAUCCAUGCCUCGUAUCUCGGCUGUUGAUACACUGUGAGUUGGUUCUUCCUCUUGGCAGCAAGGAUUGAUGCAGGGAUGAUGAUCAAAUGAAACUUUUGUGAUUCGAUGCUGUGAUCUUAUAUUCAGAUUUGAGAAUCAAAUAAGCUAAAUCAUAAUGUAUAUAUCCAUAUGUGAAAAUGUGGCAUCUUAUUUUGUGUAUGUGUUUGCUCUCUCAUUUCAAUGUGAUGGCACUAAACCAAUACUUGGAUUUUAACCACUCUAUUCGUUCUAUGAC